GCGACACGAUUCCUGCAGAGGCAUAGUAAACGCGCCGCUACUAAAAGACGCCUGAUUUCUACAAGUAAGAUGCAGAAGGCGUCAUCAUUCCGACGCUUCAUCGAUGAGACCUCGUGUCGGGCACGCGCUCUCAUUGGCACAGGCGGUAUGAGCCUGACCGAGCAGCAGGUGAUGUACACCAGGGUCGGGCAGGGUGCGGUUCAGAUACACCCGGCGAAGGCUAUCUCAAUGUUACAAGAAGCACAGCAGACACGGACGGGAACGUGCACGUGCCGAACGUUCUUGGAUAGUGAGAACUCUUCUCCCUAGUGUGUCAUGUUGAACAGCUGCUUCAUGUCCGUCUCGUUGACGCGUAUCUCCAGCUAUUUGUCGCACGCGACGUCGGCGAUUCUGCGUCCACAAAUAUGUUAGCAUUACAGUAUAGGACCACUCCUUGGGACACCUGAUCAAUAUUC